UAGAGGGAUUAGUUGAGGGGAAGAGGAAACAAAACCGUUGACCAAACCAUAAAAUCUGUAAACAGAACUUUGUUAUGUGAUUUUGUUAAAAGACUAACUGAAGUGCAAGCACAAGGAUCCUUCUCUGAAUCUGCUAUUUCCAAGUGAGCUCAUCUCACAGUGCAUCUACUUCUUGAGAUAAGGUUGUCUUAAAUUAUGGCAAAUAUUGUUAUGGUUGUUGCAAGUAAUGUGGGUAAAUACUUGGCGGGACCAGUAAUCCGCGAAGUACAAUACCUUCUUUGCGUUAAUAAUGUAAUCAAUCUUCUUGAGAAUGAAAGAGAGGCAUUGACAUCUGAAAGAGACAGUUUGCUAACUCGUGUUGCACAAGCCAAAGAGAGAACUGAAGUAAUUGAAAAUCCAGUGGAGAAAUGGUUGAAUGAUGUGGAGAAUCUCCUUGAAGAGGUGGAGAUUCUUGUACGAAGGACAGAGACAGACCUCAAUUGUUUUCAAGGAUGGUUUCCAACGUGUAGUCGGUAUUUAUUAUGCAAGGAAAUGGUAAAGAAGAUAGAGGCAAUGGAGAAAUUCAAAGGUAAAAGUAAUGACAUUAAUCCAUUUUCUCAUCUUGCUCCACUACCAGGUAUUCAGUAUCAGUCAUCCGAAGACUUCAUUUAUUUUGAAUCAACAAAAAUGGCUUAUAGUCAAAUCUGGGAAGCACUUGAGGAUGAUCGUGUCUCUAUAAUUGGAGUGCAUGGAGAGGGUGGAUGUGGAAAAACAGCCCUUGUAACAGAAGUUGGCAAAAAGGCUGAGGAAUUGGAUAUGUUUGAUAAGGUUAUAUCAAUCACAGUGUCUCGAACUCCAAAUAUUAGAGGCAUUCAAGGAAAAAUUGCAGAUAUGUUAAACGUGAGAUUGGGGGAAGAAAGUGAAGAGGGAAGAGCACAACGUUUAUGGUUGUGUUUACAAGAAAAGAAGCGAGUUCUUAUAAUAGUAGACGAUAUAUGGAGAGGGUUUCAUUUGAUGGAUAUAGGGAUUCUCUUAGACAGUGUUAACAAGCGAACAUGGAAGAUCCUCAUAACCACUCAUAGCGAGCUUAUUUGUACAUCAAUGGAAUGCCAAAAGACUACUCAUUUGGAGCUCUUGUCUGAAGAUGAAUCUUGGACUUUCUUCCAAAAAUUUGUUAGAGUAGAUAACAUACACUCCAAAAAUUUGCCACUGGAAAUCUGCAAUGAAUGCGAAAGACUUCCCCUAACAAUCAAAACUGUGGCGUUGUCAUUAAAAGGAAGGGAUGAAAGUGAAUGGCAUCAGACAUUAGAAAAAUUGAGGGAUUCAAAGGAAUCUAAUGAUGAAGGAGGAGUGACUGCUACUUUUAGCUGCCUUAAAUUAUGCUUUGGUUAUUUGCUAAGGCCAGAAACAAAACAACUCUUUCUGAUGUGUUCUCUUUUUCCAGAAGACUAUCACAUUCCAAUAGAAGAUUUGUUGAGGUAUACAGUUGGAUUGCGUGCAGAAGAAAGAUUAUCGUUAUCGUCAAGAAGAAGCUUAUUUGAAGCAGACAUCAGCCAACUUUUAGACUCAGGUUUGCUGAUGCGAGGUUCCGUGAAGAUGCACGACGUGGUUCGUGACGCAGCCUUAUGGUAUGCAAAUAGGUCAAAGAAUUGCAAAAUAAUGGUAAAUGUGGACAAACCACUUAGCAUUGUGGCAGGGGACAACAAAAUAAGAGAUUGUUUUGCAGUAUCCUCAUGGUGGUAUAAUGAAAGUCCCUCUUUCUGUCAACUGCAUGAUCCAAAUCUUAAAAUUCUAUUGCUAAAUAUAAGUUCUCUUGGGUCAUUUAAUUCCUAUGUUUUAUUGCGUUUAACAUUUGAAGGAAUGCAAGGGCUUGAGGUGUUGUCUCUAACCAUCAACUACAAAAGAGUACGAUUAUCACUACCUCCCUCAAUCCAACUGUUGAGAAAUGUUCGAACUUUGCGCUUAAAUGGAUUGGAGUUUGGUGACUUAUUUUUCAUACCUAGCUUAAUAAGACUUGAGAUUCUUGACUUGCGACGUUGUAAGUUCAAUGAACUUCCUAUUGAAAUAGGAAAACUCUUAAGCCUAAGGCUGCUAGAUUUGUCAGAAUGUCAUAUUUUUAGAAGUUACUACUAUAAUGGAGCAAUAGGAAAAUGUUUACAACUAGAGGAACUAUAUGCUUCAGCAUGCUACCCAGAAGAGUAUGUUUCUGAGAUCAGUAUGGAUAUCAGUAUCCUCCCAAAUUUACAAAGGUUUAAAUUUAGUGAUCAAAUCACACUAAAAUUAAAGGAUUGUAAUAUCUCAAAUUUGAGGACAACUGAAAAAACAAUUCUGCAAAUAGGUAAAUAUGUUUCUUUGACAGGCCUCCAUGGAGGAUGUAAAAAUAUCAUUCCAGAUAUGGUUGGAAUUGUGGGAGGCAUGAAAGAUUUGACUUCUCUCCUUCUUAAAAGAUGCAAAGAGAUAAAAUGCAUCGUCGAUGCAACCUAUGAUUUCAAGGAAGAUGAUUUGAUUCCCAACUUGGCCGAGUUAAGACUUCAACGGUUGGAAAAUUUUACAGUAUUGUGUCGAGGUCCACCUCUGGAAGUACUGCGCUACUUUGAGAAACUAGAACUACUUGAUAUUCAAUUUUGCAAGCAGUUAUACGUCAUUUUUCCUAUGGAAUGUAAGUUACGAAAUCUUAAGAUCCUCAGGUUACAAUAUUGCUGGACCGAUGGAGUACUUUUCUCAGCAUCUGUUGCUCAAAGUCUGCAGCAACUAGAAGAACUAAGUAUAAUUGAUUGCAAUGAAUUGAAGCAUAUAAUUUCUGCAAGUGGAAGUGAACAUGAUGAUGGCUUUAAUACUAGGGAGGAAAUAAUUCCAAUUCCAACGAGUUCUCCUUUUUUGAUGACCAAUCUAAGGGAAGUUAACAUUGUCGGUUGUAGAAGUUUAGAGUCGAUAUUCCCAAUUUGUUAUGUUGAAGGACUAAACCAAUUGCAAAUGCUGGAAAUAUUAUCAUCUCCUAAGCUGAAAUAUGUGUUUGAUGAAUAUGGUCAUGAACACCUUUCAUCACACCAAUACAAGAACCAGGUCAUGCUUCCUCGUUUGGAAUCUCUCACUCUCGAUAAUCUUAACAAUUUCAUUGGGAUGUGUCCAGAGAAUUGUCAAGCAAAUUGGCCAUCUCAGACACUGAGGAUAAUGGACAUAAAUAAUUGUCCGAGAGUGGAUCUACUACGGUUGAAUUUGCAGGUUGGCUAUGAUAAGAGACGGCGUAAUCAUCUGAAUGAAAUUUGGAGUUUCCAGUGUCUUCAACAUUUAACAGUGGGCAAUAAUGAAAAAUUGAAAUAUUUGUUCUUCAUGAAAACACAUAGAAGCCUACCAGAGUUGAUUGAACUUAGUGUUUACGAUUGUCAAGAAUUGGAACAAAUUUUUGCAGCAAGUGAAGAACUUGUGCAGCUUCCCCGUGCUAAAGUUUAUUUUCCGAAGCUAAAAGAUAUAUAUGUCGAUAACUGCAACAAGUUGAAAAACCUUUUCCCUCUUGCUAUGGUCAGAAUGCUUCCACAACUAAGCGUGCUUAAUAUAACAAAUUGUACUGGAGUGGAAGAGGUUUUUAGACAUGGUCCCGGAGGAGACAAUAUUAUCAGGAAAUUUGAAGUUGUGAUUCCAUACUUGGCAUGUAUAAUCUUGGAUGAUCUACCUAAUUUUAUAGAUAUCUGCCAUGGUUAUAAGUUACCUGAUAUUGAACUUCUACAACUCUGCAUAUCUAACUGCCCCAAAAUUGUUCCAAGCUUAAAAAAAGUUCAGGUAACUCUUUUCCUUGUUAACUUGAAUAUUUUAAUUUUUUUUUUCUUCAUUUAGUUCAAUGUUAGGAUAAUGAGAUAGAAACAAGAAGCUUCAUUUUGAAUAUUGCUUGCUGAAGAUAAAUUCCUUGAACAUAAAAAUGCAACAUAAAUGCAAACUAAAGAAUUCAAAUAUAUCAUUUGAAUGUACCUGGUGUGAAGAUAUUUCAUCUGCUAACUUGCUAAUCGAAUUUUUUAUUUUGUUGUUGAAAAGGAUGAAACUCAAUAAAUAUUCGGGUUAAGUAGAUGAAGAUUCUUUUUACAGAUAUGAAUGAGAAUUUUUCACGGUCAUCUACAGAUGGAUCAUCAUCAUUUUAUUUGUUUAGACUUUACAUUACAACUUGUAUUGAAUAACAAUGUGGUUAGUUGCAUAUGAAUUUUGAACUCUGAAUGUGCUAUAUUAUUUAAGUGUACUUAGAUUAUAGAUAUUUCAUCACCUAAUUUGAGAAUGCACUGAAGCUGGUUGAAUUUUUCCAUCACGAGGUGUAAAUAUCAAGGGAAUAAUUUUGCCUUGAGCUGGAGAUGUGGAUGGGAGGCCGAUUAACAUUGAGCCGGACUUGUAGUUCUUUUUUUUAUCAGGAUGCUUUUGCCCAAUGUAACACUUGCUGCUAAAUAAUUAAGACAAUUUCUUUAUAGAUCUCUUAUAUACAAAUUUCACAAACGCCUCUAUAUUUCAGAAGUGUAGUAUCUCCGAAGGUGAUUUCGGAUGUGCACUUCCGAAAAUACCAUUUUUUUUAGAAAAAAAAUAUGCAUUUAAAAAUGCACUUCCGAAAACACUUGUUUUUUUUUAAAAAGUGACUUCGGAUGUGCACUUCCAAAACCACCCUUUAGGAUAUUUCGGAGAUGCACUUCCGAAAUAUUGUCUGAUGCAGAAAACAAAUAACAAACCAACGAAACUUUGAUUUAUCAUAGAUAGUGUUAAAUACAGGUAGUUGAGGAUGGGUUAACAUUUUGAUAACGUCGGCUCCCGAUCUUUGUAGUUUCACAUCCAACUCGAUCGGACAUUUCGAAGAAUAUCGAUCAAAAAUUGACCACACAACCGCUAAAUCUUCGUCGUUCUUGACCUCAAAUGGGGUGAACUGGACGUCUCCCUCGUCGUCAAGUGAAGGCGAACAGUACUCAAACUUGACAACCUUCCGAUUUUUCGGCUUUUUCAAGAGAGAGUUAAGCGUCAGUAUCAAGACGUAGCUCUUUUGUAUGAUGUGUCAUCCACUGACAAGACGUAGUCGGAAUAGGACGCCUCAGUUUUAAAAAACUUGCACAAAGUGGCGCGAUCUUAGAUACCCGAUACAAAUGACGCGGUCGGACGCGUCUAAAGGUGGGCGACUAUGAAGCGGAAAAAUGUCUCCAAAAAUCCAAAUCUCGGCAAAUUGACACACACCCGGUCGUACGCACUUGCUAUAAGAUAGCCCAUCUCGGGGAAUGACAUCCACUUUGAAACCGGUGCGUGACCGGUUAGUGAUGGAACAAGGGAAUCAUGAAUUUUAUCAAAGUUGUCUUGUUUCUCAUAAAGUCGGUCGUAGAUGUCCCUGUGCCAAGUCAACUCCCAAAUAAGUGCCCGUCGAAUAAAAGUGUAAUUUUCUUCUCCUUUUUCGAGCAAACCGGCAACGACCCGAUACCCACAAUUAUCGUCGGUACCCACAUCAACUAUAUUAUCAAUAUAUUUGUGCAUAAAUAGCGGCAUCUCAUCAAUGUAAAUCGUCAGAGGUUUUUUAAUUGGAGGUGUGCGAGGCAGCUUCGAAAUACGUGCUCCUUUGUUAGCACUACACUUGGACUUUGGUGUGGGUGAAUCUAGGAUCAAUGCAUCAACAUGUUCACAAUAAGAAGGAUCUCGUUUAGUUGAUGUGUCAUCUUGGGUACUUUUCGACUAUUUAGGUGCACAUUUGGUUUUAACCGGUUGAGAUGGAGGUUUCAAAUCGGUGGUCUCCGGAAACAAAAAUUUUCGCAAUUGUUCUUUUAUGUGCUCUUUCAACUCGUCGGAGAUGGUAAUUUUGAAUUCACCCUCUUUUGCCAGUUCGAAAUCAUCAAAACAGAGCUUUUUCCAAUGAUCGAUUACUUCAUCAGUGCGUGUGAUCCUCGGUUUUUUUGAGAUACAAACUGACUCUUCUUUUAUUUUUGAGUUUUGAAAAUCAGAGAGUCGCCACCGACUUUUAUUUUAUCCAAUUAAGGAAAGGUUUAUAAAAGAAACAGAAAAAAGACCUUUAAGAGAUUUUGGGUAAGGGGGUAGGUUAUACAAAGGGAAGGUGUUAGCACCCUUUGUAUCCAUGGUUAUCCAUGGGCUCUUAAUUUCUUAGCUCACUUGUUUGAAUCGUUUGUCUUGCUUUGAAAUGCUUGUAUGUGGUUUUAAAAUACGUUUGAAAAGAGUUAACUUUGUAAUGAUCCUUGUGCAGAUGUAUACAAAGUAUUUAUCUUUCGAAAGAUAUUUUGAUGGUUCGAAAAAAAGAUUUU